AUGGUCAGUAGUAGGGGCAUCGAAAUUGAUCCGUCCAAGGUAAAGGCCAUAUGCGAAUUGCGACCCCCGUCUUUUGUGAAGGAAGUUCGCAGGUUGCUGGGGAGAUUGAACUAUGUGGCAAGAUUCAUAUCCCAUCCGUCAGAGACUGCUAGACCAUUUUUCAAGCUUCUCAAGAAGAAUGCGAAGAUUGUGUGGGAUAUCGAAUGUCAGACCGCUUUUUUGAAGAUUCAGCAAUAUCCGACUCAUUCCCCUGUUCUGGUUCCACCUGUUCCCGGCGUGCCUCUAAUCCUUUAUCCGACCAUCCAUAAGGAAUCCUUGGGAGCUAUAUUGGUGCAGAAAAGACCAUCAGAUGGAAAGGAAUGUGUGAUAUACUAUCUCAGCAAGAAAUUCUUUGAUUCCCAAGCUAAUUACUCGGAGGUCGAGAAGACUUGCAUAGCUUUAGUUUGGGUAUUACACAGAUUGCGGCAGUAUACCCUUCACCAUCAGAUCAUGUUAACCACCGAAUGUGAUCCCAUCAAGUAUCCGCUAGAAAAGCCGGCGUUGGUUGGCAAAUUGGCCAAGUGGCAGAUUCUUAUUUCUGAGUUCGAUGUGCAGACCAUGACACGUAAGUCGGUGAAAGGUCGAGCAAUAGUAGACAUGUUGGCAGAGAAUGCUGCGGGACUACAAACGGGAGAUGAAAUAGACCCUCUUGAUGAUCGUGUUUUACUGGUUACUGUAGAAAAGUGGGUCAUGUACUUUGACGGAGCUGUUAACUUAUCCGGAUCUGGCACGGGGGCGUGUGCCGUAGAGAUGAAAAUUCGGAGACUGCAAGUUUAUGGCGACUCUGCCCUCAUUAUCCUUCAGAUAGAAGGAAAGUGGAAAACUCGUGACCCGAAGUUGAUCCCGUAUCACGAGUUUCUGGAAGAUAUAAUCGAAGAGUUCGAUGAGAUAGCGUUCGAGUAUCUUCCUAGAGCCCAGAACCCGUUCGCAGACGCGUUGGCCACCUUAUCCUCAAUGUUUCAAGUGACUGCAGGUUCGGACAUCGAGCCAUUGAGAAUUGAAAUCUUGAAGCAUUCCGCUUACUCCAUGCCAAUAGACGAAGAGGCGGAUGGAGAGCCCCGGUAUCAAGAUAUUAAGGUUUACCCGCAAACCGGAGAGUUUCUCGAAGGUAGUGAAGCGGCUGACAGGAAAUAUCCGAUGAAACUGUCUUCAAAAUUUUUCCUCGGCGGCGAUACGUUGUACAAGAGGUCAUAUGACUCCGUUCUCCCGAGGUACGUUGAUGCCAAGGAAGCCAAUCAGUUGAUGAGUGAAAUCCAUGAGGGUGAAUGUGGCCCCCAUAUGAAUGGCCACCUACCGAGUAAGAAGAUCAUGAGAUUGGGAUAUUACUGGCUCACUUUGGAAGCCGAUUCGAGUUCGUAUGCCAAUGUCAUAGCCAAGAACGUAGCCGGGUUUUUGCGUCGAGAUGUCUUUGCUCGAUAUGGAGCGCCGGAGGCUAUAAUCACCGACAACGGCUCAAACCUCAAUAACAAGGUGGUUGAUGAGGUUCUUGGUGAGUUCCGCGUUCGGCAUUUGAAUUCUUCGCCUUACCGCCCGCAGAUGAAUGGUGUGGUAGAAGCGGCGAACAAGAAUAUCAAGAAGAUUAUGUCCAAGACAGCAGAGAAUUAUCGGGAUUGGCAUGAGAGGCUCCCCUAUACACUGAUGGCAUACCGGAUAUCGAUCCGCACUUCAACCGGGGCAACUCCUUUCUUGUUGGCAUAUGGUAUGGAAGCGGUGCUACCGGUGGAAACAGAGAUUCCAUCACUCGGGAUUCAGUCACGAUUGAAACUAUCAGAAGCAGAGUGGAUUCAACAGAGAUAUGAACAGUUGAAUAUGAUCGACGAGAAAAGAUUGCGGGCUAUCUGUCAUGAUCAAUGUUACCAGAAGCGUGUGGCAAAGUCGUUCAACCGUAAAGUUCGUCCCCGGGUUUUCGAGAUUGGAAUGGGACAGUUCGUAAAAUUCCAAGAUGCUCUGUUAGCACAGAUCCUCGGAAGAGUGAACACAAAGGGUCAACUGGUCUUUGCGGCCCGGAUUCAUCCGAUGAGAUGA